AUGUUAGCUACUGUGAUUGAAGAAGCUAGGAUUGAAGAAGCUAAGAUUGAAGAAGCAAAGACUCUACUCCCUAGAACAAAGUACUAUAAACGAAUGCGAAACUUUGGAACCGUUUGCGCAAUAAUUCCAUACUCUAAGAACUCUACCAGGCCCAAAUGGAACGUGCCGUUUGCAGCGGUAGACCAGGUCAAUAAAGAACUAGAAAAGUUAGAAAGCCUGAAUAUAAUUGAAAAGAUUGAUCAUGCAGACUCGGCAGCACCAGCAGUGUACGUAAAAAAAAAAAAUAAGCUAAGAGUGUGCGCAGACUUCUCAGCCAGGUUAAACGAUUAUUUACUCACACACAAUAACCCACUUCCAAGCCCAGAAGAAGUUUUUGCUAAACUAAACGGAGGGAAAAGUUUUUUGAAGUUAUACCUCUCAGAGGCGUACCCUCAAAUUCAGUUACUGGAAGAUUGUAUACAUCUACUAAUAAUCAACACGCACUUUGGAUUUUACAAGUUCAAGCGAUUGCCAUUUGGAGUAAAAGUGACACCUGCCAUAUUCCAACAAAUAAUGGAUGCGCUGUUAAGUGAUUGCAACUUUGCCAUUGCAUACCCAAGGAGUGACUCUCGGGUGCAGCAUGUUGAACACAUAAAGAAAGUAUUCGAGGGAAUAAGUGAAUAUGAUCUAAAACUGACAGAAGAAAAAUGCGAACUUUUUAGGAAAAAAUAA